UAUCCGUGCCUAUGAGGGCGCUGUAGUGAGCUCCAAUAUCGGAAGCAACUUCUUGUUCUACUUUUACAUAACGCUAGUUUAGUCUCGUUCAUGUAAGAUUCGUAACUUGUGCAAAUCAUGGUGCAAGUAUGUCAAAGUUGUCAACAAAAGAGCAGAUUGAAUGUAGAAAACUGAUAGCCUUAUUACCCCUGGACGACUUGUUCGCGUUGAAAGAUACAGUAACAAACCGAUUGAUUGCUGUAGAGAGCUCCGAAGAGGCCAUUGAAGCUAUAAUAGCGUACUCACAAGAUGCGGAGGAGCUCCUCAAGAGAAAGAAAAUGCAUCGUGAUGUCAUUUUUAAGUAUCUUGCCAAUGAAGGAGUUGUCAUGGCCCCUAAUACAGAGAAACAUCAGUUGAUCAGGAAGACCAUUGAGUUUUGGUCUUCUGGUGAGAUAUCAAAGCCUGAGAGGAAUACAAACAAUUCCUAUGAGGUUGGAGAUGGUCUAUCAGACCUUGCAGCAUUGGGAAAACAGUUUUGCCAGUGGUUCUUCUGCCUUUUGAACUCUCAGAACCCCAGUCAAGGACAUCCGGUGCAGGACUGGGGACCUCAACAUUUCUGGGAGAAUGUGAGCCUUCGGCUUCUCUUGUGCACCGGAGAGCAGCGUGUUGAUGAGUUCAGUGGGGCAGAACUUGUCAGCAAGCGGCUUCAAGCUCUUGCAGAAGAAGAACGUCUAUUAUUCUGUCCAAACCUGGAAGGUCAUGGGUUAAAGUGUAUGUCCUCCCCUCAUGGACUGGUAUUAGUGGCCGUAGCAGGGACUAUCCACCGUGACAAUACCUGCCUUGGGAUUUUUGAGCAAGUGUUUGGGCUCAUUCGCUCACCAAUGGACAAUAAUUUCUGGAAAAUUAAGCUAGUAAAUAUAAAAAUUGAAGCACAAAGUGCUGUUGCAGACAGACAGUUACCAGUUGUCACAUAUGACAUGAAAGAAUUGCUGAGUCUUUGCAAUUAAGAGUCAGAAAUCUACAAUUAGUCCAUUAUGUAAGAUUUGAUUUUCAGAAACAAGGAUGAUUUACUGUUCCAUGAAAAGGGCUUUGUUGUGGGAUAUAUAUAUAUAUAUAUAUAUAUAUAUAUAUAUAUAUAUAUGUGUGUGUCUAUAAAACGUUUAUCUAGUUAUAAAUAUAGUUAGGAUUUUAAAAUCUUACAUUUUUAGUUGACCUAAAAGACAGCUUUCAAUAAGUUUAACAUCUAGCAAACUUCAGCUUAAUUAAUAAAAAGUUUUCUUUAUUCUACAGAAAUAUUAUUAUAAUAAUUUUUUUAUUUUUCUGGAAGUUGGCAUUUUAUUUUUGGCCAAACAAAAUAUUUUAUGUUUAUUUAGUAGGGGGGACUAAAAGAAUUGAACUUUAAUUAUUUUAGAUUGUAUGUUAAAGAUACAAGAUUGCCAUUUUAUUUUAUUCAGAUUUAGCUUAAUUAUAUUGAGAUCCUUAUUAGUUUUUUAUUACAUGUGGUUGAUGUACCUCCCAAUUAUUUUAACAGUUUUAGAAACAAGUGGUGUUAAAUUCUCAUAAUAUAAGCCUCAUGACCAUCAGCUCUGUAGCUUUAUUGUAGAAGGAGUGUUUUAGACUUUUCGCUUCUUAUGGGAAUAAGGUACCAUUUUUGGUCUUUGAGAGUUUUUUGACUCAUCAGGCCCUAAUUGGGCAGUUGAUGUAGCUGCACUUCUCUCUGGAGGAAUAUGUAAGCGAAUAUGAGCUGAGCUGGGAGGGGUGUUUGGUACCACAGCAAUGUGUGGUUUCAGUGGGGAAUGUUAUAUAUGGGAAAUUAUUUUUGGCAUUUGCUUCAAAGCUUGUCGCUUCGAUAAUAUCUUUACUUGAGCUGUUUUUUAAUGCCACAGAGUGCCAUAGUGGUGGCAAAAGACGCCACCACAAUCAUUGAUCUUUUUCCUGUUCACCUCCCCGAAAGAAAAAUAACAAGCUCUCCGCCUUAUGUCUUUAUAGCCUCUUUCUUUUUUAAUAAGUGGUUUGGCCGAACUCACAGUUAUGACGUGCAGGUUCAAAAAUACAGUUCACUGGCGUCUGCGGAUCAUUGUCUUCAAUGGGGAAGUGUGUUUCUUAUAAAGUACAUGUUAACAUCUUAUUGGUAAACCUCUCAGAUAUGUUUUUUAAUGGUAACCAAUGAACUUUUUAAUUGGGAAGUCAGUUGUUUCUUUUGAUUGAUACUUUUAAAUUAUUGCUUUUAAGCUUAAAAAAUUAUUUUGUUUGUAGCAUUUUUAGGCAUAAUCAGAUUGGAUGGUUAUCAUUAAAUUGGUUCUCCAGACAUUUAUCUAUGAGUCUGUUUCAUAGUGUUGGCUUUUUUUCUGCUAAAAUGUGACAAGUUAAAAUAUACAAUGGAGCUUAAAUGAUAAGGUGAAUAUAAAACAAACAGUUAAACUUUUAACUUUUAAAACAAUUAGCUCUGUUAAUUUGACAUUAAACACAAUCUAUAUCAAAUUGUUACAGCAGUUGGACUUUUUGCCACAAAAAAUCUAUGAAAUGUCCACAUGGGGGCACAGUUGCACCAUCAUUUGUGUCAAAUUCAAGUGGCAAAGCAAUUAUUUAAAGAAAUCAAUUUGUUUUAUACAACCCCAAUGUUUUAUAGUGCUGUUCUUGUACCAAAGUGCAAAAUUUAAAAUUUAUUGCUGAUCAUUUGCUGGUAAAUUAAUCACAUCCUGACUGUAUUGUGAUUUCCUAAAUGAUUGCUUUUGAAUGCUAUGGAAAAGUAUAUUCAAAGGGACCGAUAUUUAUUGAUGUGGGUGACAGUGUCCUUAGUAAAAUAAAUACAUAAAUUGAAUAAAUAUACUUC